AUGAACACGGUCCAGUCCACUUCAAAAGAUGAGUGCCAAGAGGUGGAAUGUUGCGUUGAAUGUCUGAACCGUUGGCCACAAAACCUGGACCCCGACCUGAAUCCGUGGACGACGCUAGAUCUGGGGGACGGCCGAGCCUCUGGUCCACAUGCACUGUACACAAAACUGCGAAAAAUUCCCAGAUGUCUCUAUCAAAACAUGCUGUAUUACUCAGACGCGGCGGAUGGAGGACGUGAGAGGACACCCACCGACCGCUCGGUGGAGCUCCAUCCUCGUCCUGACGGCGAGGGAGGCGGGAAAGAGAGAAAGGGAGAGAAAAGCAAGAAGAAGAGGCAGAAACAGAAGUGGUUUCGGAAGUUUGCUGCUUUCUUCUCUUGUUUCCCCCACCCGAAAUCCACCAGUGCUCAGGAUGAGCAGGUGGAGCAGGGAGAGGUGGAGCAGGACACGGUCCCAUCCAGGAGGUGCACUGAUGAUCAGACUUCUCUUCAGGACGUCGUAACUACUGUAGAGGACGGCGAUCAUCAGGAGCUUCCUUCCAGUGCUGCUGUUGUCCCUGCUGUCACUGCUGAGGACCAGCAAGUGGAGGACGUCCAGCUUCAAGAUCAGGACAGUCCAGGUGUGCAGAGACAGCUGGACUGUGAUAAGAUAAUGAGAACCGAGUCUGACAUUUGCUGGAAAUAUUCUAUGGGCAAGAAGUUGGGAGAAGGAGGAUGCGGCUCCGUUUUUGAAGGACCCGCCCGUGAAGACGGCCUUCCAGUGGCUGUGAAGUUCACGGUGAAGACAGAGAACGAGCCGUACUUAAGCCUUCCUGAGCAUCCCAGACCAGUUCCUCUGGAGGUGGCCCUAACUCUCAUGGCCAAUCAAGGCCCCAGCUGUCCCCACAUCAUAAAGCUACUGGACUGGGAGGACCAACCGGACCAGUACAUUAUGGUCCUAGAGCGGCCCUCGCAUUGCAUGGACAUGCUCAGUUUUUGGAUGCAUUACGAUGGCCACUUCAGCGAGGAGAUGGCACGUCAUUUCAUGCGGCAGGUGACCGAUGCUGCUGCUGCUUGCUGUUCCAAGAGUGUCUUCCAUCGGGACAUCAAAAUGCCAAACAUCCUGGUCAACGUAGAGACCCUAGAGGUCAAACUUAUCGAUUUUGGCUGUGGAGACCUCCUUAAGACCUCCUACACCACCUAUAGUGGGACAGCAAGGUACUGCCCUCCGGAGUACAUCGAGAAGGGCGAGUACGACGGGAAGCAGGCCACAGUGUGGUCGCUGGGGGUGCUGCUGUUUCGGAUGAUGACCAGACUUUUCCCAGACAGCAGCGACAUCGGUUUGAUGGAUGCCGAUGCGUGGGAAGAGCCAGGCAUCUCCGACGAAUGCUGUCGUUUUAUUCGAGGUUGCCUAAAGAGUGACCCAGAGCAGAGGCUUCACCUGGAUGAGAUGCACUUACACGAAUGGUUUAAGUUAGCCCCUUCAUCCCUCCAGUCCUAG